AUGAGUAUAUCAUCAUUUGAAGAGCUAUUAAGCGAGUUAUCAAAAUAUAUACAGAAGAAAAAAAAUAAAGGAAGAAAACCAGUUACUGCUUUGGAAAUGCUGGGCUUAACUUUAAGAUUUCUAGCAACCGGCAGUGACUUUAAAACCAUGCAUACGAAUUACUUCCGAGGAGCAAGUACAAUAGCAAAAAUUGUAAGGACAGUUUGUCGCGCCAUAUGGAAACAUCUAUCAAGUCAAAAUAUACCUCCUAUAACAAAACAGGUUCUAGAAGAUGUCGCUAUUGAGUUUGACAAGAAAGCAAAUUUUCCUAACUGCAUAGGAGCUCUUGAUGGUUUCGUCACUAGUAUCCCACAAACAACGGUGUUCCUGAACCGAAGAUAUAAACAGAUCGACGUCAACGUCAGACAUUUUAAUUUUAAAACUGCUUCUCGGUUGACACGUGUUGUUUGCAAGAGUGUUAGAAACAAACUGCAUCCUUGUCAACAAGUAUGA